ACUAACGCUGGUCUGGGCGACUGGGCGACGUCAUACGAGAAUUACGAGCAUUCGGAGAAUGAUUGAAAUGAUGUGAGCUAAUUCAAGUAAUUCUAGAGCUAGAAUCGUAUAUGUUGUUAGUACAUGUUUAAUAACGUGUGCGAAGGUUUGCGUUGCUUAUUUAUAAUUUUAAAUCCGUGGUUGUAACUGUAAUUGCUUGGACCGGUUUGGACAGCUAGGAACAUUUACGCAUAAGUUGAUAUCAGGAAAGAAUGACCGAUUUGCAGAAUGGUUUUCCUCUUGGGCCACAACCUGGCAUAACUUAUCCCAUACGAGUAUUAUAUUGUGGCAAUUGUUCUUUGCCAAUAGAGUAUUGUGAAUACUACCCAGAAUAUGAAAAAUGCAAGCUAUGGUUAGAACGAAAUAUGCCUACAGAAUUUGAGAGGGUUAUGAAACUGGGAGAGAAAGAAGAUGGAGAAGGAGGAGGAGGUGAAGAGGAAAAGAAGCGACAAAAGCGUGGUGGAAAGGGUAUCAUGAAAGCACGCAAGAAGGAAGAUGGUCCUAAACAAGUGUGCGUAUCACGGGCUCCGCGGGGCAAAAAGAAGUCCGUCACUGUUGUAACAGGACUUAGCACAUUUGAUAUCGAUCUUAAAGUGGCAUCCAAGUUCUUUGGAACCAAGUUUGCAUGUGGGUCAUCAGUAACAGGUGAUGACGAGAUUGUAAUCCAAGGUGAUGUUAAAGAUGAGCUAUUUGACAUCAUUCCAGAAAAAUGGCCUGAGAUUGAUGAAGAUUCUAUUGAAGAUCUUGGAGACCAAAAGAGAUAACAUUGUUUUUAGGUGUACUCUUGGUUCUAUUAUGGGAAGAAGGGGAGCUCAAGUCAAUGUUGGGGCCUCCUCCCAACAGCAGUUAUCAGCUGUUAAGUAAGAAUGGUUUAUGAAGCAAAACAUUACCUUGUUAUGAGGUUCAUGAAUAUUAUAACUCAAUAAUUUAUUUUGAAGUGACAAAUUAACAACAUUAAUCAAUGUACAGUUUGAAAGACGUCUUUACCAAAUAAACUGAAGCCAAAAGCGCA